AUGGCAGCGAGUCCGGAGCAGAUGGCGCAGCUUGCACAGCUCUUGACACAGACUGUGGCAGGCAACAUGGAGGCAAUGAAAGUGGCAGAGCAGCAGCUCCGAACAGCCGAAGUACAGCCCGGAUUCGGCUUGGUUCUUCUAGAGCUUCUACGCUCCGGCAGCGUGGAAGUGGCUGCUAGGCAAGCCGGAGCCAUUUAUUUCAAGAACUACAUCCGGCGACAGUGGUGCGUCGAGGGCGCUGGUGGCAUCUCAACGUCCGACCGGCAGGCCAUCAAGCAGCACAUUCUCUCGCUUAUGCUCCAAGCGCCUAAACAGGUGCAGGUUCAGCUGUCUGCGGGCUUGGAGGAGAUUUCCAUCACUGACUACCCGUCAGAGUGGCAGUCUCUCCUGCCUGAGAUUGUACAGCACCUAAAGACGUCGCAGGACAUGUCUGUCUUAAAGGGGACCAUGCAGACAGCGCACACCGUGUUUCUAAAGUUCCGGGCACAGGCGAGAUCUGAAGACCUGCUGAGGGAGGUCAAGUACACUGUGGAGGGCUUUCAGGAGACACACCUUGCGGUCUUCACGGCCACUUGCAGGCAAGUUCUGGGAGGGGCCUCAAUGCCUGCAGAUCAGCUGGUUUCUCAUUUUGAGCUCCUCUUAGCAACCAUAGGUGCGUUCUUUUCCAUGAAUGUCAUAGACCUUCCAGAGUUCUUUGAGGAUCACAGAGAGGAAUACUUCAGAGGCUUCCUUGAAUUGCUGAAAUUCCAGCAUGAGGCCGUGGCUGGAAAAGACCAGCAGGGACUCCUUGAACAGGUGAAGGGGGCCAUUUGCGAGUGCCUUGUGCUCUACGCGGACAAAUAUCAAGAGGAGUUCAUGCCUUUCUUGCUCCCUUGUGUCAAGGAGGUCUGGAGUUUACUCGUCGGCCUGGACCAGCAGGAGAAGAAUGACCAGCUGGUUGCCAAGGGCAUUCAGUUUCUGUCGUCCACCGCAGCAACACAGUGGCCCCAGUCUCCGUUCGAGGACCCCAAUGUUCUCUCCGGCAUUUGCGAGAAGGUGGUGUUCCCAAAUGUCUUGCUUCGAGACUCGGAUGUCGAGCUGUUCGAAGACAACCCUUUGGAGUACGUGAGGCGGGAUAUGGAAGCAGCUGACCAGGAGACCAGAAGACGCAGCUCCAUGGACUUAGUCAAGGCGAUGGGUCGACUCAAUGAAGCCAAGGUAACCGAAAUACUGAUCGGCUACGUGAAAGCACUGAUGGACAAGGCUGCCUCAGCCGGUGGCGGGCAGGCAGAGCGCUUCAAGGAUGCUUGCAUCUUUCUGUGCAUUGCCAUGGCGGUGCGGGAACAAACGCAAAGAGAAGGUGUCACAGUGACGAACCAGAACGUCAAUGUGCUUCACUUUUUCACAUCCCUGGUGGCGCCGGAGCUGACUGCGGAGCCGCUGUCCCAGCGAUCAGUUCUACGAGCUUCGUGUUUGAAGUUCGUGACGGUCUUCAGAAACCAGCUUCCCAGAGAGCAAGUUGGUCAAGUAUUGCCUGCAAUUUGCAGCCACAUUGCCUCUGAGAGUCCAGUGGUGCAUACCUACGCGGCAAUCUGCAUAGAGAAGCUCUUGAGGGUGAGAGACGCGACUCCACAGGCACCUGUGGAGCGUCAGUCGGAGAGCACUGGCGGUGAUACUGCUGCGCCGGUGACAGCCUUCGAUCCAACACUGAAGCCGCCUGAUCUUGCAAAGAACCCGCUGAAGGUGGUCGUUCUUAUGCGCCAUGGAGACCGUACGCCCGUUUGUGACAGAAUCGGCCAGCUAGACAUGGCGGAUCUGAAUCCCAAAUGGACUUCCCUACUUCCGACUGCCCAAGAGCUCUCCGCAGUGAGUGGAGUUCGCGUGGAACGAGACAGCGAAGGUGGACACCAUGCAUAUGCCCGCUUCGUGGGACAGGGCAGUCUUGGUCAGCUCACCGGACUUGGUUUCCAGCAGUGCCGCAAAGCCGGAGCAGAGUUGCGAAGGCGAUAUGGUGAUUCCGAAAUCCGUGCUUUCAGCACCGACUUCCCACGCACAAUCCAAUCAGCUGCCUGCGUUUUGCUCGGUUUCGGGUGCACUGUCAGCACAACUGGGUCGACUGAGACAUCGUCUCUGGCGACAGUGCGGGUGCGUGGCCCGAAGGAUCAGACUUUACUACCCAACUACGAUGGCCGCUGCAGCAGAUUUGCUCAGGGCCGUGAGGCUGCCAGGUCCAAGGCAAAGGCGACACAUCUAAAGGAGAUGCGCCACAGACUGGAGACCCUGUUACUUCCAGUGAUUGGAGAGGACCCUCUGAAUGCCGUGCUGGACUUCAAGCCACACUGCGUGCAUCAAGACGUCGUGGGGAAGAUCCAGGGCGUCGACUGGGACCUUGCGCAUCUGGUGGAGAGCUAUCAGGCAUCGCUGGAGGCUGCCGUGUACUCCGACUUCGAGCUGUUGCGUCUGGGCAGCGGUCGUCUUGUGCAGGAAGUCAUAGACGUCCUUGCCUCACCUGGUCACGGGAUUACUUUGCUCUUGGCGCACGACAACAUGCUGACGGCCUUUCUCAUUGCCCUUGGAAUUUACAAGCAGCAGUGGCCUCUUUACGCCUCACAAGUCGUGCUUGAGACGGCUCAGUGUGAUGGAGCUGUCAGCGUUCGAGUCUUGAUGAAUGACGAGGUGUGCCUGGACUGGCAGCCCUGGGAUGAUCUCCACGGAAAGUUGCGGCCUGUGGCAAUGUCCCAGGAAGAGUACGCGAAAAGUCUGACGCAGGAGGGCCAGCUGGCACCUCGCUACGACCCAGCGUCUAUGAAAGGCCAGCUACUCCAAAUGGUGCAGCCCAUUCUGCAGAUCAUUGCUAGCAGCAAGGGCAUCCCCAUGAACGAGUACCUCAUGCGGACAGUCGCUCGAAUCUUCAGUUUCUUAAAGCAGCAGGGCGCCGAGACCGGCCUGGCAACGCUGAGCCCGCUGUCAGCCAUCCUCCUGGCGAUGUCAGCGAAUCCUUCGAAUCCUGUUUUCAAUCAUUAUUUGUUUGAGGCAGUCGCCUCAAUUGUCAAAGUGUGUGUACCAGCACAGCCUGAUGCUGUGGAAAGCGCACUCUUGCCCACCUUCGGGCAGAUUCUUGAAAGGAACGUGGUGGAUUUCUUGCCGUACACUUUUCAGAUUAUGGGCUUGCUGCUUGACGCUUCGCCAAGCAUCAAGCCCCUCUACACGCAGCUUUUUGCAAGGCUCUUGACUCCGGAGCUUUGGCGUGCCCAGGCAAACGUGCCGGGCCUGAUUCGACUUCUGCGUGCAUACUUUGCAAAGCAUGCUGGUUUUGCCGAGCUGCUGAGGACGCACAUGCAGGCGAUCCUCGAACGGUUCCAAUUCGUCUUGAUGAAUCGGAAGACCGAGGUGGCAGCCCUCGACUUGCUGAACGCGAUGUAUCAGUAUUUGCCCAUUGAGUUUUACCAGCCGUUCCUGAAGACGCUGCUGACCGUUGUGUUGACUAGACUGCAAAGCAGCAAGUCACCAAAGUUCAAGCGGGACUUUGUUGUUUCCUGCUCGCUUUGCAUCCACAAGAACCAGGCCGUUAUACCACUCUUCAAUGAGAUUCAGGCGGGCCUGCUGAGCAACCUUGUGCUCAAUGUUUGGCCGCCCGUGCUGAAGAUGCCACUGCGAACGGAUGAGCGCAAGGUGUGCGUGAUGGCAGUUGCCAAGCUCUUGUCAUUAGAUGAGAUGAGGCAGAACACGCAACUGGUCGGCGCUUGUGCUGUUGGCCUUGUGCACUUGCUGGGCUUGUCCUCGACAAACAAGUCCAAGUUGAAUGGCGACGAGGGAUCAGAUGACGAGCCUUUGGAAGACGGAGGUGCAGGUCAGGAGUAUGAGGUUGCCUUCAACAAGCUUCAGAAUACCGACCUCCCUGGUGCAGCAGCCGGGCUGGCGCCAGACGUCCCCGAGUUGCAGUCAGCGGCGAAAGCGGCCCUGAAGCCAGUUCUUGGCGGCGUCCACGCCUGA